AUGGCAUCAGACCUGUCUUCAAGAAGGGACGGAAGCAUUGGGGUUGUCCCUGCAAGCACGACUUCAAACAAGCAGCGGGGCUGCUACCGGAGAACGUGGCUGUCCACGUCGCUGGCGGAGAACACAGGUGCAGUACUAGAGAAGCAGGAGAAGGAACGGAAGGACGCGGCGUCUACCCCAAGCAUCGCAUCGAUCGUUCUUCCGUUCUUUGGGCGUCCACAAGCACGUAAGUCCGAGAAGCCCGACGUGGACACGGGGUCCAACAGGCCGGCACCCGGGUGCACUGUGGUACUCUCGGACGAUGAGAGUGGACCUGCGAGUGAUCCCGCCGCCGGCGACGGUGCGGGAGGGCACGAGGGCGGCUGUGUGGGAGAUGGCGGCAGCGAUGCGGGAGAGUAUGUCGGCGAAUGUGCGGGAGAGAAUGGAGGCGACGGUGCGGAAGAGCAAGGCGGUACGGUGGGCGAGAUGGAGCAAGGUAGCUACGGCGGGGGUGGCAGCGUCGACGAUGUAGACGACGGCCAACUCCCCCCAUGCCCAGGAGGCUUGUAUACUCUGCCCGACUCCAAUCGGCUGCCCGUCGCAGACUACCCUUUCUGCCUGCAUGGCAACGGGCAAACGCCAUUGCCGUCGUCCUGCACUAUCCAGCGUUGCUCUCACUAG